AGGCGAUUGGUUGCGUAAAGAGGGAAAAGGGGCGGGGCGAGGGGAAAGGGAAGAAGAGCGCAUGCGCAGAAAUCAGACAUGCUGAGGGGGUCUUAGGAGGAGGAUGUCCGUGCUGAAGCUGCAGGGGGCGCUGUUUUGGCGGGCAGAAACUCUAUGGAUCGGGCUGAGAAAGUAUUCCUCAGCAAAGGUGAAGGAAGAAGCCAGGAAAAGAUGGGUACUGGAACAGGCAGAGCUCUUGGAAGUGUUGGAGGCUAGAGUGAAGCAACUGCAGACCGAAGUCGGGAUGGACACGGUCCCGUUUUCUCGGGUGGAGAAAAGCAGCUUCUUUCAACCCGUCCCUCCCUGGAAAGCUCUAAGCCCGACUCGGACUGAAUCAACAGCGACGAGUGGCGAACAAGGCAGUCCUCAACCCAGCCGCUGGAUGGAGAAGCUGAACAAGGAGAAGUCCAUCAAACACAAGCGCCUGCUGAGGUUAGAAGCCAAACUUGCCAGAGUUUCCUCAAACCCUGGGGUGAAACCUAUAAAACCUACUUCCAAACGGACUCAAGGACCUGAGGAUCAAUUGGAACAACUGAGAAAUGCGGGAAGAAAGGCGAAAUUGCAACCUCUGGAAAGCGGCAGAGGCCUCCGAGGCCGCAAGAAGGCUGCCGUCAUGAGCACCGAAGAGCUCGAAAAGGGCCUCCCGGACCCUCCUUUGCCCCUCGAAGAAGACAACGGGCACCAGCUUGGGAACCUCCAGCUCAGUAUCUUGUCCUACAUGGACACCUGCCUCUUCCUCCGCCAGCCGGAGAAAGCGCUGCAGUGCCUGGCCUUCUACCACCGCUCCCACGCCCGGAGGAAGCUGCUGGACGUCCGGAUGUACAACCUGGUCCUGCACGAAUACGCCAAGAAGCGCACGUUGUCCAAAGUCGGCUCGCUUUUCCGCCUGAUGGAGGAGUCUGGCGUGAAACCCAACCAGGACUCCUAUAUCGCUGCGCUGAGCUGCAUGGGCCGGUCCAACGUGCAUCCCAACAUCGUUGCCAGAUGCCUCCAGCAACUUGAAGAAGACGGCUUCCGCCCGGAGGAGCUUUUCCAAAACUACAUGAGGGAGGGAGACGAAGUGGAGAUGGCCCUGGAAGGCAUCCGGAAGGCCAGGCCAGGCUUCCAGCUCCCGCCGCGUCCCCGAGAAGCGGAAAUCUGCACCAUUCCUCUGCUCCAGGACUUCUACAAGAAGGAGAAUCCCGUCUCUUAUCCCAAGCUGGAUUUCACUGCGAAAUACCUGCGGAAACAGUUCCGGAAGCAGCUGGCGAUGGAGGCGUCUGACACGGUCACCAUUGACUCUGUGGAGGCCGAGAAGCCCCUGACGGAGAAGGCGGCCCAAGCGCGGUCCCUGCUAGCGGAGCUGCGUUCGCGUUGGAGGGCCUCUCUCCUCCAGAGCCUGCAAGAGUCCAAGCUCCAUCUGGACAGGAAGAAUUCCGAGCGGAUGAACCUCUACCCCUUCCUUUGCGUCCUGAAUGACAAGGAGUACGUUGACAUCUUGAUGCGGAGCCUCUCUGUCCUCCCUCCUCAUGGGGAAUCCCUCUUGAACUUGGCCCGGGAACUGGGCACCAAAGUUUACAACAAGUAUGUCAUCCGGAAGAAAUCCAGGAGCCGUUUGGUGGAGAAGAUCAAGGACAUCUACGACAACUACGUCCAGCUUCUCACAAAGGACACUCAGCCGGAUGAUCUUCUGCCCCGAGAACAUUGGGAGAAGCUGGCCUCUGAGGCCGGAUGGGCCCCUUCCCUGGUGAGCAAGGAGUGCAUCUGGCCCCAUUCGGUGCUGGUCCAACUCGGCCUCCACUUGGUGGAGCUCCUGGUCCAGGUCCUGAAGAUGGAGAGCAAUAUCUUGAACCCGGCGCUGGAGCAGAAACUCAUCCCUGUCUUGUAUCAUGUGUAUUCCUUCCGCAGCGGCCACCAGAUCGGGUUCAUCCGCCCGCAUCCCAUCCUCACCCGCCUCCUCCUGGAGGCCGCCGAGACCACCCUCUCCUUUGAGGCCUUUGUCAUCCCCAUGUUGUGUCCUCCGGUGCCGUGGGUCUCCCCGCACUUCGGGGCCUACGUCUUCGCCCCCACCAAGCUGAUGCGCUACGUGGAGGGGGCCCUCCAGCACCAGAUCCUGCUGGACAGAUGCCCCUCCGGCCACCUCCACCCCGUCAUGGACGCCCUCAACCAGCUGGGCAACUGCCCCUGGAAGGUCAACGGCCCCAUCUUGGACGUGGUCGUCUCCAUCUUCAACGACAAGGGCGACGAGAACCUGGACAUCCCGCCGCCCCCGUCAGAGGCCCCCCAGCCUGCCACCGGGGGCGCCCUGUCCAAGGCGGCCCUCAAGCGGGAGGUGGCCCGGUGCCGCAAGAAGGCGGUCGAGAUGUACAGCCUGCGCAUGGACGCGCUCUACAAGCUCUCCAUCGCCAAGCACAUGAGGGACCGGGUCUUCUGGUUCCCGCACAACAUGGACUUCCGGGGGCGGACCUACCCCUGCCCGCCCCACUUCAACCACUUGGGGAGCGACCUCACCCGGGCCCUUCUCCUCUUUGCCGAGGGGCGGCCCUUGGGCGCCCACGGCCUGGACUGGCUGAAGAUCCACCUCAUCAACCUCACCGGGCUGAAGAAGAGGAACUCCCUGCGGGAGAGGCUAGCCUACGCCAACGAGAUCAUGGCCGACAUCCUGGACUCGGCAGACCAUCCUCUGAUGGGCAGGAAGUGGUGGAUGAAUACCGACGAACCGUGGCAAGCUUUGGCCUGCUGCAUGGAGAUCGCCAAAGCCACGCGGGCUCCGGACCCCGCUGCGUUUGUCUCCCAUUUCCCCGUCCAUCAGGACGGUUCUUGCAACGGGUUGCAGCACUAUGCCGCGCUCGGCCGUGACGUGGUGGGAGCCGCCUCCGUGAACCUCACGCCGUGCGACGUGCCUCAGGAUGUCUACAGCGUGGUGGCUCAGCAGGUGGAGGUCUUCCGGAAGCGGGACGCGGCCGCGGGGGUCAAGACCGCCCAGCUCUUGGAGGGCUUCAUCGGCCGCAAAGUGGUGAAGCAGACGGUGAUGACGGUGGUGUACGGCGUGACCCGCUACGGGGGCCGGCUCCAGAUCGAGAAGCGCCUCAAGGAGAUGGACGACUUCCCUCAGGAGUAUGUCUGGGAAGCAUCUCACUACCUGGUGCAGCAAGUAUUCAGCAGCCUCAAGGAGAUGUUUUCAGGAACCCGAGAAAUCCAGGGCUGGCUGACGGAUUGCGCCCGCUUGAUCGCCAAGUCCGGCCGGACGGUGGAGUGGGUCACCCCAUUGGGCCUGCCAAUCAUUCAGCCUUACCACCGUUCCAAAAACACGAUGGUGAAUAGCAGCAUGCAGACGGUCAAUCUGAGAUCACGCCACGACAUCAACCAGAAACCCGACACAGUCAAGCAGAAAAAUGCCUUCCCGCCCAACUUCAUCCAUUCCUUGGACUCCACGCACAUGAUGUUGACGUCUUUACAUUGUCACAGGCAGGGAUUGACUUUCGUCUCGGUGCACGACUGCUACUGGACCCAUGCGCUCACCGUAGACGUCAUGAACCGGGUUUGUCGUGACCAGUUUGUGGCGCUCCACAGCCAGCCCAUCCUUGAGUCCCUGUCCAGAUUCAUGCUGGAAAAAUACUGCGCCCGAAUUCCGGUUGAAUGGAAGAAUAAAAAACCUCUCGAAUACCAGAAGCUCUUACAGCUACUCUGCAACAUCCCUAAGAAAGGUGACUUUGAUCUAGAGAAGGUGAAGGAAUCCACCUACUUCUUCAGCUGACCUCGGAGAAGCAAUGCCUCGGACUUGGCUUCCGCCGAACAGGACGGGUUAGAAGCAAGCCUCCCAUUUGGACAGUUGAUGGGAGUUGUAGUCCCGCAAAAAAUCCUCAAGGCUGCAGACUCACUUCUGUGAUUGCGUUUCGGGCCGCGCAUUCGAGAGCCCCUCCGGCGAGUGUAAAUAAAACGCAAAUGGUUUGAAAUCCG